AUGGCCUCAAUUCCUCAACUCAGUAUCUCAAGCACAGAUGUUCCACUCCUAUAUGAAGAAAAGGGGCAUCUCUCUCAAACACACCACUCCCCCUACAACCAAAAUCCAUCAUCACAGAACAAAGCACCGCCGCCUCUUUCCAAUACCCCCGAACCCACCUACCCCGAAGGCGGUCUCUUAGCAUGGUCCGUCGUCCUCGGCGCCUUCUCAGGUAUCAGCGCCUCAAUCGGCAUCUACAACUCGUCCGGAAUCUUCGAAGCCUACGUGUCCACGGAACUCCUCCCAGACUUGUCAAAAACCAGCAUCGGCUGGAUCUUCGGCAUCUACACCUUUGUGACAUGGUUCCUAGGCGUACAGAUUAGACCGACGGCGCUGAUGGUGGCGGAGAGAGUGUGUACGCUUUGGGGGAUUUUUGCGUUGAGUAGAUGUACGGAAUACUACCAAGCCCUCGCCUUCUCAAUCUUAAACGCAACCGGCUCCUCCCUCCUCGUUACCCCCGCAAACGCCUCAGUAGCCCACUGGUUCAACACCUGCCGCGGUCUCGCCAGCGGCGCAGCCUUCGUCGGCGGUAGCUUCGGCGGCGUCAUCUUCCCCCUCCUACUCCAAUCCCUCAUCCCGAAAAUCGCUUGUCCUUGGUCCCUCCGCGUACUCGGACUUAUCCUACUCCUCCUCUGCGACACCAGCGUCGUCCUGUGUCGGAGUCGACUCCCGCCUCGUAACGGUGCUGCAACGACGUGGCGCGAUACAUUAUCUAGUCAUCGCAGUUCUUGGGAUGGAACGGGUGCGAUGGCGGUGACAACGGUGGGCAUCGUGUUGACGGAUUUGGCGUAUUUUAUUCCGGUUACAUAUGUGCCGGGGUAUUAUUUUGCGCGGCAGGGUUUAGGUAGUGGGAUGGCGUUGACGGGGGAGGCGGCGUUUACAUAUUAG